AUGUCCACACCAUUUGUACAACAGCCACCACCACUAGAAGUGACCCAGCAAUCCUACACGACCCAUUUGGGUCACGGGUCGGUGGGACCCGUCAUCGCGGUCCUCGCCGUCAUCACUGUUCUCGGCGUCAUCGCCGGCAUGAUCGGAAGGCUCUGUUCGGGUCGUCGGGUCAUGGGUCACGGCGAGUACGACGUCGAAACCUGGGUCGAGACCAAAUGCUCCUCCUGCGUCGACGGCAGAAUCGCCCCUCCAACGCCACGACCACGUCCUCCGCCGCCGCCGGAACCCAACUCUGGCGGGGACUUGCCGCCGGAGGAACCCCCUCAAGAGAUCAAAGAAGAAGAACAACAACAAGAGCAACACCGAAGGCAACACUCACAUUCCCAUUGUGAUAGCUAA